ACUUUUAGCUUUUCUUUUUAUGCAGUUUGCCGAACAGCUGUUGUCGCUGCAGUCGCACUCAUUGAUCGAGAUAGCGCCCAGUGAAUGGAGCAUUUUACGGGAUCUCUACGCCCACAAAAGAUUUGAAUCGACCGGAUAUGCAUUGAUAGACAACUACAUCAAAUGGAAAGCCAAAGAACCAGAGCUUGAUAUUCAAUGUUUGUCCCUCGACGGUGACUGGCAAAGCGAUGGCACAUUUCUAAUGAUUAUAACCAAUGACAACCAGCGAAAAACAGUAUUUUUCAAUACACUCAGCGAUGAUCUGGAGCGUUUAACAAAUGCACUACUUUGUUUGGCAUCCAAAUCCGGCGUCUAUGUGCUACAUGAUUAUGGCGAGCGUCUGGUGCCAGCAGUCGAUGCCUAUAUAAGGAAUGUGGUGAACGCGAAGAUGGAGACAACCCAAACAGCCUGGUACAGUGCCAGCAAAGAACUUGUUGCCACAUUUUCUAUAGAGCCACCUGUUGGCAUCGAGUUGCGCAGCGUGGACCCCAAAGAUGCUGCAACAAUAAAUGAGAACUGGCCACAUGGUAGCCCAGAUUCUCUGAAGUUUGUCAAACGUUUGAUAGACUAUAAUGUUUCAGUUGGCGCCUAUGAUGAGCAGGGAAAACUAAUAGCCUGGUGCUUGAGACAACCAAUUGGUGCACUGAGCUUGCUGCAAGUCCUGGAAACCCACAAGCGUCUUGGCCUGGGCAGUCUCAUGGUGCGCUAUUUGUCCAGGAAGAUCUCCGACUUGGGUGAUGAAGUCAUGGCUCCUGUUAUCACAGAGAAUACGGCGUCGCGGCAAAUGUUUGAGAAGCUAGGCUUUCAGAAAAUUGACAACGUUUAUUGGACUUGGUAGCUAACUUUAUAUACAAGUAGCAUAAAAAAAAAAUUGGCUGUUUCUACAUUACAAGGCUUUGCUUUCAGGGCUCUCAUUAUGUUUUCAAAUAUAUAUAUUCUGAUAUUGUCGCGUUCGUUGUGCUGUGGCUUGAUGGCCUUCGCCUGCCUGUUUUCCAUUGGGAAUUCCGAUCUGGGUCUGCAUCGUGAUAUACGCAAUCCCGACAAUCCAGAAGUACAGGAAUAUAUUCACAUGCAGCAACGCUUCCAGACAGCCCAAGCAUCUCUACCCACAAGGCCUCCACUGGCAUCUCCUGCCCUUGUUGCCGGAGUGAGGCCAUACAGUAGCACAACAUCUCAACCUCGUCCUGUUUUUGCUCCUCUUCCUGCUGCUGCUCCUGUUCCUAUUGCUCCUUCUUAUGUUGCUCCAUACAGGCCAUCGCCUCCAGCGGUGGAUGUUCGUGCUUCAGAUGAUAUUGCUCGCAAUAUUUUGACCUUUACUCACCAGCUAGCCAACCAGAUCAAUGAGAAUUAUCGCAAAACAACAAUAUUUUCGCCACUGAGCAUUGUGUCCGCACUGGCGCUACUACUGGUCGGCGCCAAGGGACGCAGUUACUCCGAACUGGCGGCAGUUUUCGGCCUAAACGAUAUAAUUCAAUUGCAUGAACAAUUCGGUCUGAUGGUCAACGAUGUGCAGCAGCCAACAAUCAAGACAACUUCACCAUUGCGUCAAUUGGAUGAAUGGCAUUAUAAUAUACGCAGGAGCCUGAGGAACUAUCCCAAGAAUCGCAAUGCGCCACACGAGCUGCAUGUGGCAAAUGGACUGUUUGUGCAACAGGGCUACAGUCUCAAUCCCGACUACAGACAAGCUAUUUACGAAGUCUACAAUUCGGAUGUGAAAAUACUUGAUUUUGAGAAUAAUCCAACGUUGGCAAAGAAUAUGAUUAACGCCUGGGUAUCGAAGCAUACAAGGGGCAAAAUUGAUAAUAUCAUUGCCGACGAAUUGCCGCACACGACACGAAUGAUAAUGGCGAAUGCAUUGUACUUUAAGGCCAUGUGGGAGAUUGAUUUCAUUGUUGGCAGCACCAGAGUUGAGGAUUUCUAUCCCAAUGGUGAGGGCACCCAGCCAGCGAUACCCGUCGAAAUGAUGGUCGGUGCUGGAUCAUUUCCAUACUAUGAGGAUGUGCAGUUGAACUGCCGCAUCAUUGGUCUGCCCUAUCAUGGCAAUCUGACGACCAUGUAUAUCAUUCAACCCAUGCGCUCAUCUGUCGAACAGUUGUCGUAUCUGCAGCAGAGUCUAACUGCCGAUGUCAUUGAGCAGAUGAUUAGACAAAUGGUUCGACGAUCGAUUAUUGUGGCAUUCCCCAAGCUGCACAUUACCGAAUCCCUGAAAUUACAACGUUUGCUGCAACGCAUGGGACUCGCCGGCAUCUUUAUGGGUGCCCAAAGUGAUUUUGCCCUAAUUGGCAAUGAAGCAUCGAAGACACCUGCUUAUUCCGCUGUCAAUUCGGGUUUGAGUAGCCUCGAGAAUCUGAAUGCGCAACGUCGGGCGGCAAUGCAACCGAAUCAAUUGCCGACACCACCCUCGGAACUGAUGGUCGCUGAUAUUCUGCAUAAGGUGGACUUUGUGGUGAAUGAACAGGGCACAGAGGCAGCUGCCGCAUCGGCGGCAGUACUAAAAAAAUCCGGGCCAGAUGUGGUAUUCCGUGCGGAGACUCCAUUUAUAGUGCUGGUGCGUAGCGAUCUGACAAAGCUGCCAUUAUUCUAUGGCAUCAUCAAUGAGCCGCCCGCAGCAUCACCAUCAACACAUAGAAAUAUUUAAUUAAUUUUCAUAUAAUUUUAAUCAAUUUAAGUAUAGUUUAGCAUUCGAUUUGUAUUUAUAGAAUUUCUAUUUUGUAAUUGUUGUUGUUAGUGACCUUUCCAUUCUAUAUGUAUAUAUAUAUAUUUACAUGUAGAUUUGUAGCGAACAAAAUCAAGUGUCAAUUUGUGAGACAUCUACAUUUUUACAUUAAUUAAUAAUAUUGUUAAUACAUAUAUAACUAUGCAUGUGUUAAACAAUCUACUUAGUGUACAUAUUUAAAAAGGUCCUAUUAAUAUAACAAAUAAAAGAGAAUUUUUUCAAAGAAUUGCUAAAGAU